AUGGCUUUAGACAUCAUCAUCGUGGGCGCAGGUAUAUCCGGUCUCUGCACGGCCAUCGCUCUUCGACGAUCCGGCCAUAGAGUGCAGAUCUUCGAGAAGUCUCGCUUUGCAACCGAAACCGGAGCAGCCGUCUCCCUAGCACCUAAUGGCGUCCUUGUCUUGGAACAUCUCGGUUUUGAUUUCGCUCGAGCACAAGCGUGCCGCCACAAGGCUUGGGUAGUGAUGGACGGUUUGACGUUGAAGCAGAUUACGACCCAGAGCCUGGAAAAUAUUGCUAGUAUCACUGGGUCGGAUUACCACACUGUUCAUCGUGUGGAUCUGCAUAAGGAACUGUUGAGACUAGCUCUGGACACCACGACAGACCACCACUCCACCCCUCCCGCGAAUAUCCAAUACGGUUCCCCAAUUGCCAAUGUCGACGCGCUUAACGGCAAGGUCCACCUAACUGAUGGCAGCAUCCACUCUGCCGAUCUAUUAAUCGCAGCAGACGGAAUCCACUCCACAGUACGUGGAUGUGUAGUUCCAUCCGGCUCAAACACGAGUAACAGAGCUAUUGAAACGGGGAUGAGCGCAUUCCGUUUCUUACUGCCUACGGAGACGCUCAUGGCUAGACCAAUGAUCAAUGAUGCCAUGCGGAUGAAAACGGGAGAUUCGGCUCUGUUGGCGGACACGUCGAGGGUUGAUAGUGUGCAGCAUAUGAUCUGGUAUGGGUGUCGGAGAGAGCAAGUUCAGAACUUUGUUGGCAUCCAUCGAACACGAGAACCAGAGAGGAGUCCCGGUGAUGCAAAGUCAGAUAUGCUAGAAGAAUUCGGCCACUUCAACCCAAUUGUCCCAGAGAUAAUCAAUCUAGCUGACGACGUAAAAUGCUGGCCCCUCUUAAUCCACGAACCCCUCAAAACAUGGAUCUACCACAAAGUCCUCCUUAUCGGCGAUGCUGCUCACGCUAUGCUCCCCUUCGGUGGCCAAGGCGCAAACCAAGCCAUCGAAGACGCCGGCGCAAUCAGCAUCCUCUUUCGAGAUCUGCAUAGCGCGGAAGAUCUGCCUGCACGGCUGGCGCUUUUCGAGAAAGUACGCACGAAACGCGCGUCGAGAGUACAGGUGCUGUCAACGGUUAGGGUUGGAAAGGAGAAGGAGGUUGAGGGGGAGGUGUUGAAGUAUAUGGAGGAUGGGCUGGAUAUUCCGAAUACAUUUGCAAGUCGGUUGGUUCAUGAUUCUGGAUUUAAUGUGCUUGAGCGAUGUGAGAAGGAGUUGAAGGCUUUUUGA